CGGUGAUCAAGGAGCGAAGUGCAGCCCCUAAACUCUCUUACAGACGAGGGACAAAUGGUGCGAAAAGGGCAAACAUACUUUGUGUUACUUCUCGCAGAGACGUUGUCCAGCAUCCUCAAGACUGCGCUGGAAGACAUCAUCAAAGAUGAUAUGAUGACAGAUCCUAAAGCCGAGCAUUGUAUGAUGGAGGGAGGCCUGCCAUUCCCUCACACCAUGGCUUUGGUGUGCAGACAUUGGCGAGACAUCAUGUCUUCUGCACCUGAGCUGUGGACCCGCAUCUUUUGUGUACUGCCCCAGGAGAACUCCCAGCGGACGUUGAGUUCGCAGCUAGAGGAGACGAGCACCCACCCAGUCCAUUUGACCAUCGUCAACCAGCAUUAUUUCCGAGAAGUUUUUGCGAUUCUAUGCUGCGUUGCACCACAUAUUGGGCGACUUGGGAGUUUCCGAAUACGUGACUUCUACGGGGCAUACAACCAACACCUCGACAUACUAACAGGAUAUGCGCCCCUGACUCAAGUGUUUACCCGCAAGCAUUUUUCAAAUUUGACUGCCCCGCCCUUAAGAUCUUUCAUGUCGAAC